CUUCUCUCUCUUCUCCCUCUCUCUUUCGCAAUAUAUAUUUAUUUCUUCGCAAUUUUAAAAUUCAGCAUGAUUUCAUCACUAUUGAACUUCUCAUUAAUAUAACCCCAAGAAGCUUUAGGAAUUUUGGGAAUGGUGAAGCUCUUAGUUUAGUGGUCGCUUCUUCUUCUCCUUCUUUCUGGGUAGGAUAUGGAUUACACGCAGUUUGGUGAGUUUGAUGUGAGGAGAGAAGGCAGAGAUUUCUCAAGCAUGGAUUUUAGCUGGUGUUUGAGCUCUUCUUCAACUUCAAUCACGUCUUCUCUUGUACAUUUCCUUCUUUUUGCGUCUUUGCUUUGUUGCCCUGUCCUUUGUUCAUCAGAAAUGAACAGCAACAACAACCUCGGAGUGGUGAACCAGACGUUUCGCCCACACCAAGAGGUCCAGAAGUUGAGGGCCAUAAGAACUCGUCUUCAACAGAUCAACAAGCCCCCUGUUAAGAUAAUUCAGAGUCCUGACGGUGAUAUCAUAGAUUGUGUUGUGUCUCAUCAUCAACCGGCUUUCGAUCAUCCCAUGUUAAGAGGACAGAAACCACUGGAUCCUCCAGAGAGACCAAAAGGGCAUGAGAAAAGGGAUAUGUUAGGUGAGAAUUUCCAGCUAUGGAGGUUGUCUGGUGGAUCAUGUCCAGAAGGAACGAUUCCGAUCAGAAGAACAAGAGAAGAAGAUGUGCUGAGAGCAAGCUCUGUUCAAAGAUUCGGAAGGAAAUUGCCAAAGCCUGUUAGAAGAGACACCAACACAAACGGACACGAGCAUGCCGUAGGGUAUGUGAGUGGAGACGAGUACUAUGGAGCAAAAGCAAGCAUAAACGUGUGGGCCCCAUCUGUGGCGAAUCAAUAUGAAUUCAGUUUGUCUCAAAUCUGGGUCAUCUCUGGUUCUUUUGGGGACGAUCUCAACCCCAUUGAAGCUGGCUGGCAGGUCAGCCCAGAGCUGUAUGGAGAUAACUACCCCAGAUUCUUUACUUACUGGACGAGUGAUGCAUAUCAAGCAACAGGGUGCUACAAUUUAUUAUGCUCUGGCUUUGUUCAAACCAACAACAAAAUUGCAAUUGGGGCAGCAAUCUCACCCACUUCUUCCUAUAAUGGUGGACAAUUUGACAUUAGCUUAGUCAUUUGGAAGGAUCCGAAGCACGGGAACUGGUGGCUUGAAUUCGGGUCGGGUAUUCUGGUUGGGUACUGGCCAUCGUUUUUAUUCACGCAUCUACAGGAUCAUGGGAGCAUGGUACAGUUUGGAGGGGAGGUGGUGAAUUCGGAUCCUUCCGGGGCGCACACUUCGACCCAGAUGGGAAGCGGGCAUUUUGCGGGCGAGGGGUUCGGGAAAGCCUCCUAUUUUCGGAACUUGCAGGUUGUGGACUGGGACAACAACUUGAUUCCGUUGACGAAUCUUCGGGUCUUGGCUGAUCACCCGAAUUGUUAUGAUAUCCAAGGAGGGAUUAAUAAUGUGUGGGGGAACUACUUUUACUAUGGUGGACCUGGGAAAAAUGAUAGGUGUCCUUAACAAGGGCAUUAUCGACCUUCACCUUCACAAGGCAGAGGUGAAAUUUUUUUCUGGGCAUUUUUGGGUGUGUUAUAUGGGUUUUCUUCUCAGGGUUAUAGUGACCCAUGGGUCAUUCAUAUUAUAUUUAUAUUUAAUUUCUUCCUUUUUCCUUCUUUUUUUUUUUCAUUUUGGCUAACAGGUCAUCCAUUGAUUAUACCAAAACUCUUGUGUAAAAAUUUUGAAAGAGAAAUAGUAAAUAUAUUUCCUUCGUCA